UCGCUUCCCUCAGACGAGGGCACGGGGGUCGCGCCUAUCCUCUGUCUCCUCCUGAUCCUCCUUCUUCGGCAGCUCGGGCCGCAGCCAUGAGGCGCGCAGGGCUGGGUGAUGGAGCACCAAGUGGUAACUAUGGCUAUACCAAUAGUGGAUACAGUGUUUAUGAAGAAGAAAAUGAAAAGUUAACAGAAAGUCUGCGUACAAAAGUCAGUGCCAUUAAAUCACUUUCAAUUGAAAUUGGAACAGAAGUUAAAAACCAAAAUAAAAUGUUAUCAGAAAUGGAUAAUGACUUUGACUCUGCGGGUGGACUUCUGGGUGCCACUAUGGGCAGACUGAGAACACUUUCCAGAGGAAGCCAGACAAAACUAUUAUGCUACAUGAUGCUCUUCUCAUUGUUUGUCUUUUUUGUAAUAUACUGGAUUAUUAAACUGAGGUGAUGUGAUACAUGUUACCUCCAGUUUAAAUGGUGUAAUUUCAACUAUAGUCUUAAUUAAUGAAGACAUUGAUCUAAAGUGGCAUAUUCUGUUGAUAAAACACAGUGAAAUUGUUGGAAAUUGCAUUAACAAUUAAUGCUAUGUUAUAUAUAUAUUAUUCUUAAUGUAUCAGAAUUUUUCCCAUCAUCCCCUGUUUUGGGGGGAUUAUUUGUAAAUAUACAGAAACUGUUAGAUAAUAAGUUGCUUUUUUAGGGGAAAAGAGUUUUUAGAAUUGAUUUUUAAAAUACAGAAAACAGCAGUUGUUCAGAUAUGAAGUAAUUGUGGAAUUACAAGAUUUUCUUUCUGCUUUUCAUUCUUGGCCAUGCUCUAAAUUAGAGCUCCAAUUUCAGGCAUGUAGUAAUUUCUAGGUUGCAGAAGCACGAAGAAUAGUUGGAUCUUUCUAAAUUGGUUUUAUCUGUGGAUUUGUGAAAGGCUGGCCUGAAGCUAACAAAUGUCAUUGUGGGAACCCAAAAAAAUUUUUGUCAAUAAGUCUGAUAGUAUAUGUAUUUAAGUAGCUUAAACUGUGUGUUUGGGGGAGAAGUUACUUAAAACUGUUGGUUUGGUUUGUUUUUUUUAUUUCAAUGUGACAAUUCAUGCCUACACAUCUGCUCUUUUAGGCAAAUGCCUUAGAUCAUUGGGAUCAGCCAAUAUGGACACAAUACAAACGUUUUCUUUAUAUUUAAAGUACCUAAACCUUAAUGAUUCCAUUGAAUCAUUACAGCUUUUACCAUUAGUAUGUUUACAUUUGAAUCUGUGAUGAUCCCUAACUCUACACUGCAUGAUGUCUGAAAACAGUCAGAUAUUUUGAAUUUUAUAUUAAAGUAUAUUAUGAUGCACCUGUUGGAGGUGCUGUCAUAUUAAGGUAUUUUAUUUGGAAGACUUAGCUUUGGCUCACCUAAUAGUUUCUUAUAGUUGGAGCUAUUCCAUUGCUGAGUUCAACAUUAAAGAGUAAGUUUCCAACAUACUGAAACUGUAUCUACAGUUUUUGAAAAACUUUUCUAGAAAUACUGUAUAAUGUGUUGCCAUUAAUAACUACUUAUGAGCUGACAAAUAAAGUGUCCUGUGGUAUUCCA